CUGCACCCCCGGAAGCCUCCUCGGCGCGCGCCCACCGGCUCGGCGGCGUGUCUGCUUCUGUGCGGGAUGCGGCUGCUGCCUGUGCUCCUGGUCCUCGUCGCUGCCCGGCCCUCGGCCUGCGCAGAGUCACACUGGUGCUACGAGAUUCAAGCCAAGCACCCCAACUCUGCUUGCUUGGGGCCUAGCCAAUGGGGUGGAAACUGCCAGAAGAGCCGCCAGUCCCCCAUCAAUAUUGUCACUCCUGAGGCACAGAUAGACCCAAGCCUGGGAUCUUUCUCCUUCUCUGGCUAUGACAAGAAGCGAAAGUGGAAAGUCCAAAACAAUGGGCAUUCAGUGAUGGUAUUGCUGGAGGAUGAGGCCUCGGUCACUGGAGGAGGACUGGCUGCCCAGUACCGGGCCAAGCAGCUGCACCUGCACUGGUCAGAGAGGCUGGAUGAGGGCUCAGAGCACACCCUCAAUGGGGUUCGGUAUGCCAUGGAGAUGCACAUAGUACAUGAGAAAGUGAAGGGAACAUCGAGGAACGAGAAACAGGCUCAGGAUCCCAAAGAUGAGAUUGCGGUGCUGGCCUUCUUUGUGGAGGCUGGAUCUGAGGAAAAUCAUGGCUUCCAGCCUCUGGUGGAGGCGCUGUCAUAUGUCCCCAGACCCAAUAUGAACACCACAAUGAACGACAGCAUCAGCCUAUUUGACCUACUUCCCAAGAAGGAGACACUGAGGCACUACUUCCGCUACCUGGGCUCACUCACCACUCCAGGCUGUGACGAGAAGGUUGUCUGGACUGUGUUCCAAGAGCACAUUAAGCUCCACAAGGAGCAGAUUGCUGCAUUCUCCAAGAAGCUCUACUAUGACUCGGAGCAGAAACUGAAAAUGACAGAUAAUGUCAGGCCCCUGCAGCGCCAGGGACAGCGCCUGGUGUACAAGUCUCGGGCCCCAGGACAGCUGCUGCCCUUACCCUUGCCAACCCUGCUCGUCCCCACGCUCACGUGCCUGUUGGCUGGGUUCCUUGCAUGAUAGCUCGCUUCUGGACACUUGACCUCUGCUCUCAGGCUGUAGAGGCCUGGGGCCUCCAUUCCUCAGGCUUCCUAGCUUGGAUUUUGAUGAUUAAACAGAUAUAUUUUUGG